GUGCGGCGGGGGAGGGGGCCGCGCCGCCAUAUUCCCUCCCGUCGGCGGCCCUGCGGCGCAGCCACCAUGAGCACCGCCGCCUUCCACAUCUCCAGCCUCCUGGAGAAGAUGACGUCCAGCGACAAGGACUUCAGGUUCAUGGCCACCAGUGACCUGAUGUCGGAGCUGCAGAAGGACUCCAUCCAGCUGGAUGAGGACAGCGAGCGCAAGGUGGUGAAGAUGCUUCUCCGGCUUCUGGAGGACAAGAACGGGGAGGUGCAGAACCUGGCGGUCAAGUGCCUGGGUCCUCUGGUGGGCAAAGUGAAGGAGUACCAGGUGGAGACCAUCGUCGAUGCCCUCUGUGCCAACAUGCGGUCAGACAAGGAGCAGCUCCGAGACAUCGCUGGCAUUGGCCUCAAGACCGUCCUGUCGGAGCUCCCCCCUGCAGCCACAGGCUCCGGCCUGGCCACCAGUGUGUGCCGGAAGAUCACAGGCCAGCUCACCAGUGCCAUCGCCCAGCAAGAGGACGUGGCUGUGCAGCUGGAAGCCCUGGACAUCCUCUCUGACAUGCUGAGCAGGCUGGGCGCCCCGCUGGGCGCCUUCCACGCCAGCCUCCUGCACUGUCUGCUGCCGCAGCUGAGCAGUCCGCGCCUGGCCGUGCGCAAGAGGGCCGUUGGGGCUCUCGGCCACCUGGCGGCCGCCUGCAGCACCGACCUCUUCGUCGAGCUUGCGGACCACCUGCUGGACCGGCUGCCCGGCCCACGCGCGCCCGCCAGCCCGGCUGCGAUCCGCACCCUGAUCCAGUGCCUGGGCAGCGUUGGCCGCCAGGCAGGCCACCGCCUCGGGACCCAUCUGGACCGACUGGUGCCCCUGGUGGAGGAGUUCUGCAACCUGGACGAUGAUGAGCUUCGAGAGUCCUGCCUCCAGGCCUUUGAGGCCUUCCUGAGGAAGUGCCCCAAGGAGAUGGGCCCCCACGUGCCCAGCGUGACCAGCCUCUGCCUCCAGUACAUAAAGCACGACCCCAACUAUAACUACGACAGUGACGGGGAAGAGGAAGAGAUGGAGACGGAGGAUAGUGAGUUCAGUGAGCAAGAGAGCGAGGACGAGUACAGCGACGACGAUGACAUGAGCUGGAAGGUGCGCCGGGCGGCGGCCAAGUGCCUGGCGGCCCUGAUCAGCUCUCGGCCCGACCUGCUGCCCAGCUUCCACUGCACCCUGGCGCCCGUGCUCAUCCGCCGCUUCAGGGAACGCGAGGAGAACGUCAAGGCCGACGUGUUCGGGGCUUACAUCGUGCUGCUGCGGCAGACGCGGCCCCCAAAGGGAUGGCUGGAGGCCGUGGAGGAGCCCACCCAGCCGGGCAGCAACCUCCAGAUGCUGCGAGGACAGGUGCCUCUUGUGAUUCAGGCCCUGCAGAGGCAGCUUAAAGAGCGGAGUGUCCGGGCCCGCCAGGGUUGCUUCAGCCUCCUCGCCGAGCUGGCGGGCGUCCUCCCGGGCAGCCUGGCAGAGCACAUGCCCGUGCUGGUAGCAGGCAUCGUCUUCUCGCUGGCGGACCGCUCCAGCUCCUCCACCAUCCGGAUGGAUGCCCUGGCUUUCCUGCAGGGGCUGCUGGGCACAGAGCCGGCUGAGGCCUUCCACCCCCACCUGCCCGCUCUCCUGCCGCCUGUGAUGGCCUGCGUGGCCGACCCUUUCUACAAGAUCGCAGCCGAGGCCCUGCUGGUGCUCCAGGAGCUGGUGAGGGCCCUGUGGCCGCUGGAUGGGCCUCGGAUGCUGGACCCGGCACCCUACAUUGGAGAGAUGUCCGCGGCCACCCUGGCACGGCUUCGUGCCACCGACCUGGACCAGGAGGUGAAGGAGCGGGCCAUCUCCUGCAUGGGCCACCUCGUGGGCCACCUGGGUGACCAGCUCGGGGAUAACCUGGAGCCGUCACUCUUGCUCCUCCUGGACCGCCUGCGGAAUGAGAUCACCCGGCUUUCUGCCGUCAAGGCGCUGACACUGGUGGCCGUGUCCCCGCUGCGGAUCGACCUGCAGCCCAUCCUAGCCGAGGCGCUGCCCAUUCUGGCCUCGUUCCUGCGGAAGAACCAGCGGGCCCUGCGGCUGGCUACACUGGCCGCCCUGGCCGCCCUGGCCCAGAGUCAGGGCCUCGGCCUCCCGCCGUCUGCCGUGCAGGCCGUGCUGGCCGAGCUGCCCUCCCUUGUCAGUGAGAACGACAUGCACGUAGCCCAGCUGGCUGUGGACUUCCUCGCCACUGUGACCCGCUCCCAGCCAGCCUUGUUGGCCGAGGUCAGUGGCCCUGUGCUGGCAGAGCUGCUGCGUUUGCUGCGCUCGCCCCUCCUGCCGGCCGGUGUGCUCGCGGCCGCCGAAGGCUUCCUACAGGCCCUGGUGGGGACCCGGCCGCCGUGCGUGGACUACGCCGAGCUCGUCGGCCUGCUCACGGCGCCCGUUUACGAGCAGGUGGCGGACGGUGGGCCCGGCCUGCACAAGCAGGUGUUCCACUCGCUGGCUCGGUGUGUGGCGGCCCUCGCGGUGGCCUGUCCCCAGGAGGUGGUGGGCACGGCCAACCGCCUGGUCUGUGAUGCCAGGUCGCCCAGCUCGAGCCCAGGGGUCAAGGUCCUGGCGAUCCUGUCGCUGGCCGAGGUGGGCCAGGUGGCUGGACCGGGCCCCCAGCAGGAGCUGAAGGCGGUGCUCCUGGAAGCCUUGGGCUCACCCAGCGAGGACGUGAGGGCGGCUGCCUCCUACGCGCUGGGCCGCGUGGGCGCGGGGAACCUGCCUGACUUCCUGCCCUUCCUGCUGGGGCAGAUGGAGGCCGAGCCCCGGCGGCGGUACCUGCUGCUACACUCGCUCCGGGAGGCCCUGGGGGCCGCCCAGCCCGACAGCCUGAAGCCCUACGCCGAGGACAUCUGGGCCCUGCUGUUCCAGCGCUGCGAGGGCGCCGAGGAGGGCACCCGGGGGGUGGUGGCCGAGUGCCUCGGGAAGCUGGUCCUCGCGAACCCUCCAUUCCUCCUGCCCCGGUUCCGGAAGCAACUUGCUGCAGGUCAGCCACACACCCGCUGUACUGUCAUCACGGCCGUCAAGUUCCUCAUCUCGGACCAGCCCCACCCCGUCGACCCCAUCCUGAAGACCUUCGUUGGAGAUUUCAUGGAGAGCCUGCAGGACCCAGACCUGAAUGUGCGCCGGGCCACCCUGGCUUUCUUCAACUCCGCCGUGCACAACAAGCCCUCACUGGUCCGCGACCUGCUGGACGACAUCCUGCCCCUCCUCUACCAGGAGACGAAGAUCCGCCGGGACCUCAUCCGAGAGGUGGAGAUGGGGCCCUUUAAGCACACGGUGGACGAUGGGCUGGAUGUGCGGAAGGCGGCCUUCGAGUGCAUGUACUCGCUGCUCGAGAGCUGCCUGGGGCAGCUGGACAUCUGCGAGUUCCUGAACCACGUGGAGGACGGCCUGAAGGACCACUACGACAUCCGGAUGCUGACCUUCAUUAUGCUCGCCCGACUGGCGACGCUGUGCCCCGUGCCUGUCCUGCAGAGGCUGGACCGGCUCAUCGAGCCCCUCAGGGCCACCUGUACCGCUAAGGUCAAAGCUGGUUCUGUGAAACAGGAGUUUGAGAAGCAAGAUGAACUGAAGCGCUCCGCGAUGAGGGCAGUGGCUGCCCUGCUGACCAUCCCAGAAGUGGGGAAGAGCCCCAUCAUGGCGGACUUCUCGUCCCAAAUUCGAUCCAACCCCGAGCUGGCUGCCCUCUUUGAAAGCAUCCAGAAGGAUUCUGCUUCAGCCCCCAGCACAGACUCCAUGGAGCUCAGCUAGUGCUCCCCCAACCCCCUGGGAACCCCCCCAGCUCACAAGGAGGCCCACUGAAGCCAGAGCCUCACCCUCCCAGCACCACAGGCCUCUAACUUUUGCCCCUUAUCCAUCUCAUUGGGGCCCUCCCUCUCCUGGUCGGGCACCUUCUCCAGGGACCCCAGUAAGAGCUGCGAGGCUGCCAACAGUUGGGCCCUUUUAACUCAGGACAGUUAUUCAAAGCAGGUGUGGUAGUUCUUCCAAAGCUUCCACGGAAGAUGGAUGGGACUUCACACAGGUCAGCCUGGCUCCUUCAAACUGGGGGUCCCAGCCUCACCAAGUACUUAGUAUUUAGAAAUACUUGUGCUCACAGCUGCAAAAAUCUUAGGAGGCAGCUGGAUGCCUUCCUCCCCGCUGUCCCAGAUGUGUCAUUCACACUACUCGCACGUUUUCACCUGAUCUGAUGUGCCAAAAAUUAGUGCUUUGGCCGGGCAUCUUAAAAACUCAGGUACCUCCCUGAGCUGUUCACACUUUAGGAUCCACAAUGCUUUCUUUCUCACUGGCAGGGAUCAGUCAGGAAUGUGUCCUGAUUUUGCAGAGGCAGGUGAGCGGGGUAGGGAAUUAGGUGUCUUUUUUCUAAUCCCAGAACUCGUACGUAGCAAACCGAGAGGCAGGCAGGCACAAAUGAACAAGUACAAACCGCUUUUCAUAUCCCACCAUCGAGGUGUAACCAGGUGGUUUGUGAACACAUCCUUUCUAGUUUUUAGUGUCAAGGACACAGAGACAUUAAGCGACAGGCCAAAGAAUUUUCUGCUAUCCCAGGUUAAUAAAGGACAGAUCCUAAACUGUUAACUGUUUUCUCCGCACAAUUCCUCUACUCGGUAGUCACAAGACUAUCAGAACGCUUCCCACGUCAAUUCAGGGAAGUCACACGAAGACCAACAGUUUACUCAGGCGUUUCAGACUGAGUUUUGAACAGGAGCCAAUCUGUAAGAAAGACAUUUAUCUACUGAGCUAAAGGCCUUAAAUCCAGUCUCGGGCUAUAGAGUGCCACAUGCCCUCUUCCAUGUGACCUGUGCUGCCACUUAAUACCAUGUCUUGGAAAAACGGCCUCUUAGCCUCAUAAAACAGCUGAAUUCUAGGCACUGUUGACUAAGGUCUAGGACUGUAGUUGAAAAGGAAACUUGAUUGUCCUCAAUCUUCACAAGAACGACUACUUGCUCCAAGAUGCCAGGUCCUUCAACCAGGGGUCUCAGAACCUACCGUGGUCUGAAGGCCACAUCUUCCUGAGCCCACCUGGAGCCGACCAAGGCUGCUCUGGGCACCUGAGGCCUGGGCCCCACGAAGGAAGGAUCAUGCAUCCUUUACAAACGCCUUGCAGACAGAAGGUUCCACAGAGCAUGAACAGGCAAA